AUGGAACCUUUCUACCAGGAAUACCUAACAAAUCAAGGAACUGUAGUAAAACCUUAUCAUUGGCUGGGUUUGACUCUAGAUUGUUCUAAGUGUCCUUAUCACAUCUGCACAGGUGAAGAAGCAAGAAUUACCCAUAGCGAAUUUUAUCAGAUCUUUGGAUUCCCUUAUGGGCCAAGUCCCCAAACCCAGCACCUCACGUUUUAUGAACUGAAAACUUCUUCCGGCAGUCUGGUGCAAAAAGGUCAUGCUUCAGGUUGCAGUGAGUAUGAUACACACCCAGAAUCUAUGUUAUUUGAGAUGGACAGUUAUCUCGAGGCAGUCAUACGUAACAAUGACAACAUUGAGCAUGUCUUUCUUUAUUCUAACUACUGUCCUUGUAAUGAAGCCAACCACUGCUGCAUUAGCAAAAUGUACAACUUUCUGAUGAGGUAUCCAGCCAUCAGCCUCAAUAUUUAUUUCUCUCAACUGUAUCACACAGAGACCAACUUCCCUGUUUCAGCGUGGAACCGUGAAGCUUUACGAAGCUUGGCCAGUUUAUGGCCUCAGGUCACGGUGAAUCCAAUGAGUGGUGGAAUUUGGCAUUAUCUUCUCUAUCAUUUUGUGAGUGAUAUCUCAGAGGCAAUUCUGCACCAGCCACUUUGGCCUGCAAGAACACUAGCUGACAGGCAUAAUGCUUAUGAAAUCAAUGCAAUCACGGGAGUGAAACCAUACUUCACUGAUGUACUUCCCCAGACGACAAUGAACCCAAACACAAAUGCUCAGCUGGACUUACAGAGAUACUCUUUAAACAAUGUGUCUCUUCAAGAGUCCUCUCAAGUGAUUAACAACCAACUACCUUCCACUAUGGUGGCCCCAGAACAGAGGAUGCCUGUCAUUUUUAUGUUAGUGCCUUUCAGAGAGCAGCAACCACCCAGUGCAGGUCAAAACCAGCCCAAACCAAAGAACAUUGUAAGGCACUUAAACAUGCCUCAGAUGCUAUUACAGAAAACCAAAGAACCUAUAAGACCCCCUGCUGGAAGAUUAGUAGAGACUGUAGAAAUCAUAGAACAAUUUUCAAGUGGCAAAGAAGUAAGCGAUAAGAAAAAAGAAAAAGAAAAAAAUAAACCCACAUUUUUAAAAAGAUAAUGUUAAGAUGGCUUAUGAGAUUGUUGAGAUGUGUUUUUGACAGCUUUCAUCCCUGU